UGAGCGGAAGCGGCCGUUGCGGGCAGCUGCGGCGGGAGGCGGAGGCGGCCCGUUCCCUGACGGCCCGGCCGGUCCCGCGGUGAGAGCGACGCGGCUCCGGCUCCUUCCGUCCCUUCCCCGCCCCGGCUCUGGGGCCCUGCCGCUCUUCCCUCCGCGGGCCGGGCUCCACGGGUCGCCCUGGCCGUGUCUGGGCCGCCGGGCUCAGGGUGGGGCCGUGGCGGCAGCGAGGCGCGGGGACUGCGGCUGCCUCCCGCCGGCGGCUGCGCGGAGGGCUGGCUGAGGGCAGUUUCUGCGGGACUGGCAGGUGGGAGGCGGUGAAACUGGUGCGAGAGGAGCCUUUGAGAGGCCGCCGCCUGCUAUCAGUAGCUCUUCGGAGUUUUCUUGUUAAAUUAACGAUCUUUUGAACGUCUUUUUGCUGUGAACGGCGUUCCCGGGGAUGUUACGGUUAGGCUACGCUCUCGAGUUACGUUUUAACCUGCUGGGACGCAGGAGAAGCGUGUUUUCGUGUUGACAGACGUGUGGAGGCCAAGCAGUGCUCACGGAGGAGCUCGGUCACAUCACUCAGUCGAGUCCUUCCCGUGUGUUUCCUGGCUAGGCUGUGUCUGAGAUGUGGUGCAUUUGAUAGAUUUCCUGUAGCCAAGGCUUUUAACAUUACUGGAAAUAUAAAUGUAGCAGUAUCUAAAGGGCUUUAUUAGAGACUGUCAUGUUCUCAGCCCUCUUGAAGCAUUUUUCAGGGGAAGCAGCUUUAUGUCCAGUUCUUUGUGUUUAAUUCUGUUCAUUUCAGACAGCAGGAGUCACAUGUGAAGAACUUGGUGAGGCACCUUGUCCUGGCACGUUGUGAAGUUUUGACAGCCAUGACUAAGGAGGUUGAGUUUGUAAAUGAAGUUGGACUAUAUGCCAGAGCAAGUCUUUGAUCUCAGGUUUAAUGUGUUGUGUUUCAUGGGAAAAGUGUAUUCUGGACAACUUGUGUUAGCACUGAAAUGGGAGAGCUGGUGAGCUGCAGCAGUCUCACUGUGAUUCAGAGCAGAAAGUAAAAACAGAAAUCAGGAAAGAAAGGGGAUAUUUCUGAAAUACAGCGGGUUGUUGGUACUUUGUGUGUGUGUUUUAUGCACUUGUUGAAGAGUAACAGGAAUGACAACCUGAUGCAGUUUUGGAAACAGAAGCUGAGCCCAGCAUUUGAUGAAAGGGGAGGAAAAGUGUUAGAUGGGAGCUUUGGUGUGUACCUUGCCAUCAGGGUCUCAUAUAAACAGCAUUUCUUUGGAUGCCCUGAGCUCUGUACACUUGACAACACUGAUUCCAGCUUAGUAUAUUGUCCCUUGUUUCCCAAAGCCCUUGGGUUAGUAAUCUUUCAAGCUAGUAGAUUCCCUCAGAUGAGAGAUGUGGCAGCAGCCAGCUGAGCUGAGACAGUGGGACAUAAAAGACUGAAAGAGAAGUCAAUGCCUCUUCUGUUUUAAGUGCCAAGGGAACCUUUUUUCUCUGCUGUAUGUUUGUCAGAGAAAGCAACCCAGGUGUCUCCAAGAGAAAAAUCCAACCUAAUUUAACUCCAUAUAUUGUCUCAGCAUCAGACAGUGUAGUAUGUGAUAUGUAUUAACCAUAUUUUUAACAUGCUGUAGAAUUUUAAGGCCCAAGUGUAGAGUUAUAUUGUAGCUUCUGCAUUUAAAUAAACACAUUGAAAUUGAUGUCUAAGCGUUGCUCUUUUUAGUCUACCUAGAAUAUCUCUGUAGUGUGAGGAACUGUUCUGAAUUGGGUGAAUAUUGCCGAUUACUUCAUUUUCUGGAGCCCCUUCUUCUCAGCCUUUACUCUCUCCUGCUGCUGUUACUGCAGAGGUGAAUCACUUGUAGGGGGAACCCUGGGAACAGAUACACUGCCCCCAUCUCUCUCUAACUCCUUUUCUGCUCCUCUACCUCCCCCAAAUCAUCUGAAAACCCUCUUUUUAAUCAGAAGAAAAAAUAGAAAGCAAACUUCUAGGUGGUGUUAGGAAAGUACUUUUGCUGUUAAAGCUGAGAGAAAAUGACUGCAAUCAAGCAUGCUUUACAGAGGGAUAUUUUCACUCCCAAUGAUGAACGCUUGUUGAGCAUUGUAAAUGUGUGCAAAGCAGGCAAAAAGAAGAGAAACUGCUUUUUGUGUGCCACAGUGACCACAGAACGACCAGUGCAAGUCAAUGUGGUAAAAGUGAAAAAAUCUGACAAGGGAGAUUUCUACAAAAGGCAGACUGCAUGGGGACUUCGAGAUCUUGCUGUUGUUGAUGCCAAAGAUGCUGUUAAAGAGAAUCCUGAAUUUGACUUGCAUUUUGAUAAAGUGUACAAGUGGGUUGCGAGCAGCACAGUGGAAAAGAACACCUUCAUUUCAUGUAUCUGGAAACUCAAUCAGCGAUAUCUUAGGAAGAAAAUUGACUUUAUUAACGUUAGUUCACAGCUUUUGGAAGAACUGCCUAAAGUUGCAGAAGAAUCCGUUCCAAGUGGAGAGAACCAAAGUGUAACAGGAGGUGAUGAAGAGUCUGUGGAUGAAUACCAGGAGUUAAAUGCAAGAGAAGAACAGGAUAUUGAAAUAAUGAUGGAAGGCUGUGAAUAUGCUAUUUCUAAUGCGGAAGCCUUUGCAGAGAAGUUGUCAAGAGAGCUACAAGUGCUGGAUGGGGCAAAUAUCCAGUCAAUUAUGGCCUCAGAGAAACAGGUGAAUAUCUUGAUGAAGUUGCUGGAUGAAGCUCUAAAGGAAGUUGACCAAAUUGAGCUGAAGCUGAGCAGUUAUGAAGAAAUGCUUCAGAGUGUAAAAGAGCAAAUGGAUCAAAUUUCAGAAAGCAACCACCUAAUCCAUCUCAGCAACACAAAUAAUGUGAAGCUACUGUCAGAAAUAGAGUUCUUAGUGAAUCACAUGGAUUUGGCUAAAGGUCAUAUAAAGGCCCUUCAGGAGGGAGAUCUGACAUCUUCUCGAGGCAUUGAGGCUUGCACUAAUGCAGCAGAUGCCCUUUUGCAGUGUAUGAAUGUAGCUCUUCGUCCAGGACAUGAUAUGCUUCAAGCAGUGAAACAGCAACAGCAGCGGUUUGGUGACUUGCGUGAGCAAUUUGCACGGAGACUUGCCAGUCAUUUGAACAGCGUAUUUGUUCAUCAGUUUAAUCAGAACUUCCUUCAGCUCUGUAACAGGCCCUACUCUCUUUCAGUUGCAGGUCACGAUCAGAGUUCUACUCUUGCCCAGCACUCUGCUGAAUUGACAUUACCCAAUCACCAUCCAUUUCACAGAGAUUUACUUCGAUAUGCUAAACUGAUGGAGUGGCUAAAGAACACAGAUUAUGGAAAAUACGAAGGGCUAACAAAGAAUUAUAUGGAUUAUUUAUCACGACUAUAUGAAAGGGAAAUCAAAGAUUUCUUUGAAGUUGCCAAGAUCAAGAUGACGGGCACAACCAGAGAAGGAAAAAAGUUUGCUACACUGCCUCGAAAAGAAAGUGCUGUCAAACAGGAAACUGAGAGUCUUCAUGGAAGUUCUGGAAAACUGACUGGGUCUACUUCUAGCCUAAAUAAACUCUCUGUUCAGAGUUCAGGAAGCCGUAGGUCUCAGUCAUCCUCACUGUUGGAUAUGGGAAACAUGUCUGCCUCUGACCUUGAUGUGGCUGAUAGAACAAAAUUUGAUAAGAUUUUUGAGCAAGUAUUAAGUGAACUAGAGCCUCUGUGUCUGGCAGAACAGGACUUCAUUAGUAAAUUUUUCAAACUACAGCAACAUCAGAGCAUCUCGGGGACAACAACGAAUGAAGCAGAAGAAAUGGAUGGAGGAACUUUAUCUCGUUCAUACACUUCUGGUGUCCCACAAACAAUAUCAUCUGAGAAGGACAUGAUCCGACAAAUGAUGACAAAAAUAUUUCGUUGUAUUGAACCUGAGCUGAAUAAUCUUAUAGCGCUGGGGGACAAGAUUGAUAGUUUUAAUUCCCUUUAUAUGUUAGUUAAGAUGAGUCAUCAUGUAUGGACAGCACAAAACGUGGACCCAGCUUCCUUUCUCAGCACAACACUUGGAAAUGUUUUGGUGACUGUCAAAAGGAACUUUGAUAAAUGCAUUAGUAAUCAAAUGAAGCAGAUGGAUGAAGUAAAAAUCUCAAAGAAGAGUAAAGUUGGGAUCCUUCCAUUUGUUGCUGAAUUUGAAGAGUUUGCAGCCCUCGCCGAAUCGAUUUUCAAAAAUGCAGAACGACGAGGAGAUCUAGAUAAAGCCUACACAAAACUUAUUAGAGCUGUCUUUGUCAGUGUUGAGAAAGUAGCUAAUGAAAGCCAGAAAACACCAAGAGAUGUGGUCAUGAUGGAGAACUUCCAUCAUAUUUUUGCAACACUUUCUCGCUUGAAAAUUUCUUGUCUUGAGGCUGAGAAAAAAGAAGCCAAACAGAAAUACACUGAUCAUCUUCAGUCUUAUGUAAUCUACUCCCUCGGACAGCCUCUUGAGAAAUUAAAUCAUUUUUUUGAAGGUGUUGAAGCUCGUGUGGCACAAGGUAUACGAGAAGAAGAAGUAAGCUAUCAACUGGCUUUUAAUAAACAAGAACUUCGUAAAGUUAUAAAGGAAUAUCCAGGUAAAGAAGUGAAGAAGGGAUUGGAUAAUCUCUACAAGAAGGUAGAUAAACAUCUCUGUGAAGAAGAAAACUUACUUCAGGUCGUGUGGCAUUCCAUGCAAGAUGAGUUUAUAAGACAAUACAAGCACUUUGAAGGGCUGAUCGCUCGCUGCUAUCCUGGAUCGGGAAUUACUAUGGAAUUCACUAUACAGGAUAUUUUAGACUACUGCUCCAGUAUUGCACAGUCUCAUUAAGUUCUAGAAAGGGAAAGAGAAGCUAGCAAAGUUUAUGCCUGUGUAUAAGGGAAUCAAACACUAUAAAUGCUAUUAGUUUUUAAAAGGUGGAUUUCCAUGUUAUGUGUAGUUAACUGCCAUAUAUGUCAAGUUACACUCCUGCUUUAAACAUCUUUCAGGGCAAAAUGAAACCUUCAGGAAUUUGUUGCUCUUCUACUGGGUUCAAGUACCGUCUGAAAGCAUUAAUUCUGUGAAACACAUUGGAUAUAGUUUUUCCCUUCCCCUACGGUUCAGAUACUUUUAUUUAUAAUCCCUUCUCUUGCUAAAAGCACUAAGCACUACCUUUAUAGUAUGCAAAAAGGAUACUACUGUUUCACUAAUAUUUUGCAUCUUGGAAAUUAUGUAAGUAUUAAAGUCUAUCAAAUUUUUUGCAUGUUCUAGGAAGUAUAGAUGUGGAAAUUUGUGUUCUGAGAUGUGAUGUGACUAUAAUUCUUAAAUAAAUGGUGUUCAUCAUA